AUGCUGGCCCAGGAGGAAAGGGAGGGCAAACCUGCUUCUGAGUCAUCCAUGUUAUCCCAGUGUCUAAUGAGGAGACAGCAUGAAGUCCUGUUUCUAUCUGGGCCCUCAAGACUUCCUGUCCAUGUUUGCCGGGGUUUGGGCUCUUUGGCUGGAGAAAAGUUGCUGUUUUUGUACUGCUUCCUGUGGCUCUUCGUAAACCGAGAGGAUGUGCCCGGGAUCAGGGCCAGUGACCAAGGUUUAAAGGAGACAGAACCCUCUGGAUGUACUGCAUCCGGGCAUCCUGAGACCCUGCUGUCCUCGGGCCUCACGCCCCUCGCCCGCGGGCUCCCAUCACACACGCGUAUCCGGAUCCACGCUCUUCCCGCCAACCUGGAAACCCCUCCUCACGCUGGCAGAGGUGGCGGCCCCCAAGGUCAGUGUGGCUGGUGGAGGGUCUGUGAAUGGCUUGCUGGCAAGUUGGAGUCCACCUGGUCAGCGAGCGCGGUUUGUCCUUCAGACCAUCUGUCGUGGCUGCCGGCUCACUCUCAGACCCGGAAGCGAGUUCGUAUUGAGGGGCCGUGA